CAUUUGUUUCCAUCUCUCUCUCUCUCUCUCUCUCUCUCUCUUCAUCCAGAAGCGUAGCAAUGACGGUGGCGACGAAGAAGGUUUCGGCGGCCUCCGCUAGGGCUCACACGCGCAAGCACACGCCCUCCUCUUCUUCCUCCGGGACGUUUAAAAAGCUUUCAUUGGUUCUAUUGGUGGCCUCAGCAGCAUUAACCUAUCAAGCAAUUCAGCCACCACCACCAAGGAUCUGUGGAUCACCAAAUGGCCCUCCUAUUGCAUCAACGAGAAUCAAGCUCAAGGACGGAAGGCAUUUGGCUUACUUGGAAUCUGGUGUGCCAAAGGAACAAGCAAAACAUAAGAUUAUUUUUAUUCAUGGCUUCGACUCUUGCAGAUAUGAUGCAAUGCAAAUUUCCUCGCAAGUGCUUGAAGAGUUCGGGAUCUACUAUCUCUCCUUUGAUAGACCUGGGUAUGGGGAGAGUGAUCCUCACCCGAAGAAGUCAGCCAAGAGCAUUGCUUUUGAUAUUGAAGAACUUGCUGAUCAAUUGGGACUAGGACCCAAGUUCUAUGUUGUUGGAUUUUCUAUGGGAGGAGAAAUUGUUUGGAGCUGUCUGAAGUACAUUCCUCAUAGGCUUGCUGGUGCUGCAUUACUAGCUCCUGUUGCUAACUAUUGGUGGGAUGGUUUUCCUUCCAAUUUAUCUAAGGAAGCUUAUAAUCAGCAACUUCCACAAGAUAAAUGGGCAGUUGGAGUUGCUCACUACGCCCCUUGGUUGACUUAUUGGUGGAAUACCCGAAAGUGGUUCCCUGGUUCGAGUGUUAUAGCUGUUCGAUUCGAUAUCUUCUCUGACGAAGAUAAGAAGAUUUUACCCAAGUUAGCUGCUAGAGGCCCUUAUAUGGCACAAAUAAGGCAACAAGGAGAAUUUGAAUCGCUUCACCGUGACAUGAUGGUGGGCUUUGGGAGCUGGGACUUCAGCCCAAUGAACCUAACCAACCCGUUUCCGAACAAUGAGGGCUCGAUCCAUCUAUGGCACGGUGCGCGGGAUUUGAUCGUGCCGGUUAGCUUAUCGCGUUACAUUUGUGAGAAGCUACCGUGGGUCCAUUACCACGAACUCCCGACGGCCGGCCACAUGUUCCCUGCGGCAGAUGGAAUGGCUGAUGUUAUUGUGAAGGAACUUCUGACCAAAGAUUAAGUAGUAUACUUUGUUUCCCUCUUUUAUCUUUCUUAUUAGCUUUUUUUAUAUUUUUUUAGCUUCAUGCUUAAAUAAUAGGUGAAUGUUCAUAAAUUUGCUUAAAUAAUAGGUGAAUGUUCAUAAAUUGACUAAUAAUGUCCUUUUGAAUUUCUCCCUUUUUUUUUUGGGUUUUGAAA